CGAAUUGCAACUUACUUCCGGAAUAGGAGAUCAACGUGAGUGCCGCUACUGUCUGUUAUCAGCUGUAAAUCAUCGAUUCAGCCUUCAAAUAUGGGGCACACAAGUUUGGAAAAAAUCAUUGCACUACAGAAAAAUACAUCGAAUAUAAGGAAUCUGUGUAUUUUAGCUCACGUGGAUCAUGGGAAGACAACGCUUGCAGACUGCUUGGUCGCCAGUAACGGUAUAAUAUCCAGUCGAAUGGCGGGUAAGUUGAGGUAUCUGGACAGCAGGGAGGAUGAACAAAUCCGAGGCAUAACGAUGAAAUCCAGUGCGAUAUCACUGCAUUACGCCACUGGGGGCCAGGAAUACCUCAUUAACCUGAUCGACUCACCGGGCCACGUGGACUUCUCGUCCGAGGUGUCGACAGCAGUGAGGCUAUGCGAUGGGGCCAUCGUCGUCCUGGAUGCGGUGGAAGGGGUCUGUCCUCAGACCCAAGCAGUGUUACGACAAGCCUGGCUGGAGAACAUCCGUCCGGUUUUGGUCAUUAAUAAAAUCGACAGGCUGAUCGUAGAACUGAAGCUCACGGCACAGGAAGCGUACAUCCAUCUUCAGAAGAUACUGGAACAGGUGAACGCCGUCACUGGCUCCCUGUUCACCUCCAAAGUCCUGGAGGAGCGAGCGGAGAAGGACACGGAAGCUGCGGGCACGGGCGACGGAGGCGAUCAGGUCUACGACUGGAGUGCCGGGCUGGAGGAGACUGAUGAUUCUCACCUGUACUUUUCACCUGACCAGGGGAAUGUGGUCUUUGCUAGUGCCAUAGAUGGAUGGGGUUUCAGUGUCCGGCAGUUUGCUCACAUGUACAGCCAGAAGAUGGGCGUCAGGUCUGAGGUGCUGCUUAAGACCCUGUGGGGCGACUUCUACCUCAACACCAAAGCCAAGAAGAUCAUGAAGGGAGCUCAGGCCAAAGGAAAAAAGCCACUGUUUGUCCAGCUUGUCCUUGACAACAUUUGGAGUUUGUACGAGGCCGUCGUCACCAGAAGGGACAAGGAGAAGGUGGAGAAGGUGAUCUCCUCCCUAGGCAUCAGAGUGGCGGCCCGAGACUCCCGGCACUCAGACCCCAAAGUGCUCCUCAGCGCCAUCUGUGGCCAGUGGCUGCCAGUGUCCCAGGCUGUCCUCACGAUGGUGUGCGAGAAGCUGCCGAGUCCGCUGGACAUGCCGGCAGACCGGGUGGAGAAGCUCAUGUGUGCUGGAGCGCGGAGGUUCGACUGCCUGCCGCAGGAAACUCAGGACCUCAAGAGAGCAUUUUUGGACUGUAAGAGUGAUCCAGCGACUCCAGCCAUCAUUUUUGUGUCCAAGAUGUUUGCUGUUGACUCCAAAGCCCUGCCGCGGAACAAGCAGAGGCCGCUGACGCAGGAGGAGAUGGAGCAGCGCAGGGAUGUGGCUCGGCAGAGGCACGCGGAAAAGCUGGCUGCCGCUCAGGGAGUUGGUGGCCCCGAGCGGGCCUCGUCCGAAGCGGCGCCCCCUGGUGGCCAGACCUAUGCCGGGAAUGACGUCGUUUCUAGACCCUCUGAGGCAACGGCCUUGAAAGUGAACCGGCCGGAGGAGGAGGAGGAUGAAGAAAAGGAGCAUUUCAUCGCCUUCGCCCGGGUGUACAGUGGCGUGGUCAGAAAGGGCCAGAAGGUCUUUGUGCUCAGUCCCAAGUAUGACCCUGCAGUCGGUCUGCAGACGCUGGCCCCUGGCUGCGCCCCCACAGAUGAUCUCCCGGCCGUGCCCCACCUGGCCUGCCGCCCCCUGGGGAGUCUCUACCUCCUGAUGGGCCGAGACCUGGAGGAGCUGGAUGAGGUGCCCUCAGGCAACGUGCUGGGUAUGGGAGGUAUGGAGGAGGUGAUCCUGAAGUCGGCCACCAUCUCGACAAACCCUGCGUGUCCCGCCUUCACACCCCUCAAUUUCGAAGCCACUCCGAUCGUGAGGGUCGCCAUUGAGCCCAAACACCCAAGUGAGAUGUCCAAACUGGUGCGGGGCAUGAAGCUGCUGAACCAGGCCGACCCGUGUGCCGAGGUGCUGAUCCAGGAGACGGGGGAGCACGUCCUAGUGACGGCGGGGGAGGUGCAUCUGCAGCGCUGCCUGGAUGACCUAAGGGAGAGGUUUGCCAAAAUAGAGAUCAGUGCUUCCAAGCCCAUCAUUCCAUUCAGAGAAACCGUCAUUCGCCCUCCGAAGGUAGACAUGGUCAACGAGGACCUCGGGAAGCAGCAGAAGGUUGCCAUUGUUCGGCAGGUGAAGGACGAGCAGCCGAGGCUCCCCGAGACGGUGCAGGUGGAUCCCAGGGGCCUCGUCACACUCACUACCGCCAACAAGCUGGCAGCCGUGGGAGUGCAAGCCGUGCCGCUCCCCGAGGAAGUGACCCGGCUGCUGGAGGGCAGCAGCGAGCUCAUCCGCACCAUGGAGCUCUUCAACAUGUCGGCCAAAGAGGGCCGCACCCUGGCGCUCAGCGGCAAGACGCUGGAGGGCAUCCGGGACCUCAAGCAGAAACUGGAGACACACAUGCAGGGCCACAAGUGGAGGAACGCCGUGGACCGCAUCUGGGCGUUCGGGCCGCGUCGCAACGGGCCCAACAUUCUGCUCAACAGCCUGGACGGGUACCGACGGCCGUCUGUGUGGCAGUGCCUGGAGAGAGGGGGCGGGGACAACAAAAGGGGGGGUGGCACCACUGGCUACAGGGACUUUGACAACAGCAUCGUCAGCGGCUUCCAGCUGGCCACCCUGGCAGGGCCCAUGUGCGAGGAGCCUCUGAUGGGCGUGUGCUUCUCAGUAGAGAGCUGGGACAUGAAGUUCCCCAGACAGGACUCUAUGGAAGGAGGCGGGGCUCCAGUGGAGGGUGGGGCUCAGGGGAAGGCUGAAGAGGACACCCCAGAGUCAGGGGAUGCGGCGGCCAGCAGGGGCCAGGCCAGACGCAGGACCGACGUGGCGCUCUCCGACUGCUACGGGCCCUUCUCCGGACAGCUGAUCGCGGCCAUGAAGGAGGCCUGUCGCUACGCCUUCCAGUCAAAGCCACAGAGACUCAUGGCCGCCAUGUACACCUGCGAGAUCAUGGCUACUGCUGAGGUUUUAGGUCGUGUGUACGCCGUCCUGUCCAAGAGGGAGGGCCGCGUCCUGCAGGAGGAGAUGAAGGAGGGCUCCGAGGUCUUCAUCAUCAAGGCUGUGCUGCCGGUAGCCGAGAGUUUCGGCUUUGCAGAUGAGAUCAGGAAGCGCACCAGCGGCCUGGCCAGUCCCCAGUUGGUGUUCAGCCACUGGGAGGUGAUCCCCAGUGACCCCUUCUGGGUGCCCACCACAGAAGAGGAGUACCUCCACUUUGGCGAGAAGGCGGAUUCAGCCAACCAGGCACUCAAGUACAUGAACGGUGUGCGGCGACGCAAAGGGCUCUAUGUGGAGGAGAAGAUCGUGGAGCACGCAGAGAAGCAGCGGACACUCGGCAAGAACAAAUGAGGCCCCGGCAUGGAGCCGAGGGGAACACCUCAUGCAUAGGCCCACAGACCAGAUGAGACAUUGCUGCUCUUUUAUGCUUCAUAAAAGGUGCAGAAGUGGUUUCUCUGGUUUGCUGUACUGGUUAUUUUUGUUGAGUGCUGGUUGAUUGCAGUACACGUGAGACUGAGAUCACAUCCUACCUGUCAGUGCUUUAACUAGCUGAUACCAGGCUGGACCAACACAUGUUCUGAGGCUAGUCUCAGAGCUGAAGAACCUUUCUGGAUGGCCAAAGGCAGCUUUGAUCCCUCAACUUUGCCUUCUGGCGUUUUCAGCAGCACAUCGAGUUACGGGUCUAGCUUUGAGAGGGGCCGGAGCUAUUGUUGGGAGCAUAGUUUGAUUUUAGUUCUUCCACUGGUCCAGAUUCAUUGCCUGUGUAAUUGUAGAUGUAUUUAAUUUUCCCACUGAAGUAAAACAGGCAAAUGAUGCGAA